GAGAGAGAGAUUAAAAUUCCACACUAUUAUUCUAUAUUCUUUAAUUUUUUAUUCUCAUUCAUAAUAUUAAUGUUAAAUUUAUUUUUAACGAUAAAUGAAUAAUUCGGUUAUUAAUGAUUUGUUUAAAAUUUUUGCAAAUUCAUGAAAAUAACAACGUCAAUGUGUCGCAUUUGUUUUGAUAAUAUUUAAUGAUCACUUCUCUUUUGGUUUUUAAUUUUAUUUAUUUUUCAUUUAUUGUCAUUGAUAAUAAUUAAAGGAAGAGAGAAAGAGAACUUGAAAUUAACGACGAAAAUCGCUGGGGAUUUCAACGUUUGUCCGGGUUUUGUUCCACUAAAGAGGUCAACCCACUGACAUAUUUUUUUCCUGAUGAGUGCAUCCUCACAUACAUGGAGUUUCAACUGGAUAGUGCAGAGUACUGUCAGGCUCAACACAAAUAGAGAGAAACGCCCGAGUGUUCCAAAACUACAAAGAUACACACUGAAGUAAGCAAAGAAGCGGAAGACCAUCUCAAAUUUAAGAAGGGAAAGAUAUUGAAAAUAUCUAAAAACAUCAACCCCCGAAAGUCAGAAAUCAUCAGCUAGUCAUCAUCAUACGCGAAAUAGAAGAAUUUAUUAGAUGCAAUUGUUAAUUUACCCUAUCUUAUGCAGGCACUGUAGUUACCGAACGCACCUCAUCUGGGAGCACCCAGUGCCAAAUAGAUAAUCUUCCGAGUAAUUUAAAAAACAAAAAAUAAAGUUUCCCCUCCCGAGUGGGAAAAAAAGCGCAUAUCAACAACGCCUAAUGUAACGUAGUUUUUCACCUUUUCGGCGAGAUUCGCACCUUAACCACCCUCCCCAAGUUUUACAUGUAAACCCAUUGUUCUGUCCUCUGUAUAAAAAUAAAGAGUAUUUAAUUUUUUGUUUAAUGAGAAAUAACACAUUUAUAAGACUGAGAAAGCUAUGGACUAAAUCCACAAAACCCAACUUCUGUUGCUUGAUAAAGAGAAAGAGUGGUUGUUUUGAUUUGUAGUUUGAGGUUCAAAAAAAAGGAGUGUUUUAUUCCCCCUCAAGAUAGAGAGAAAACAAAAUAGAAGAAGAGCGUGAGAGAGAGAGAGAAAAAAAAGGAGGAAAAAGAAGAGUUAAGAAACGGGAUUUUUUACACUUCCUCUUGUUGUCAAGAAGGAAAUGAACAUGACGUUCAAAGACAUCAGACCGGCACCAGCCGAAAUUGAAUUCAAAAAUAUGAAGUUCCUCAUUACUGAUCGGCCCAGCGAUCAGAGCAUCCAUACUUUUAUUCAAGAACUGAAGAGGCACAAUGUUAAAGAAGUAGUAAGAGUUUGUGAACCAACGUACAAAGUUGAUGAACUCAGACAAGAGGGCAUCGACGUCAUCGACUUGGUUUUCGAUGAUGGCACCUUCCCACCAAAUGAGGUAGUAGACGAGUGGUUCGAAUUACUAAAAAAUCGAUUCCGUGAAUCACCUGAUGCAUGCGUUGCUGUACACUGCGUAGCAGGACUUGGAAGGGCACCUGUUCUCGUUGUUCUUGCUUUGAUCGAGCUUGGCCUUAAGUACGAAGACGCAGUUGCUUUAAUCAGAGAAAAGAGACGAGGUGCUAUCAAUGCCAAGCAGCUGGCCUAUUUGGAAAAGUAUCGUCCAAAGUCUCGACUGAAGCUCAAGAACGGACAAAAAAACUCUUGCUGCGUCCAGUAGAUAAAAUAAUUCUUUUCUGAAAGCGACUAUAAUAAUUGAUACUAAUUGGUACACAUUAUUGUAUAAGUUUAUGCGUCAGACGACAAAUUAUGUGUCGUACCAUUACUGCUUGAAAUUAUCUGUCAAUGGAAAUGCAACCAAGUCUAUUUAUUUUAUCAUUCGAGUCAUAAAGUGAUGAAACUUUAUUUUUCGAAAAAAAUAAUUCUCACUUAAAAUUUAUCUGGUUUUCUCGCUUUCGUUAGUGGAGCCUGUUUUUUUUCGACUUUUUAUAAAUUGAAUUCAAUUAAUUUUUUUUUAAAUUCAAUAUUUUUUGAAUUUUAUCAAUUUUUAUUUCAGUUCAAUUUAUUUAUUUAUUUUUUUUAAUUAAAGCUGUUUUUUACUUCAAUUUAUUUUUCUAAGUUAUCACGCGAAUUUUUGAUUGAUGACAAGAAAAUGAAUUAGUGCAGGGUUUUUAUAAGCAAUGAAAAACAAAUUAUUUUGAUCUAUUGCUUCUAUUUUGUGCAUUAUCUAUAUGCCAGUGUUUUAUUGUAUAUAAAGAGAUUUGCAAAACUAUUUUAUUUUGCUCUUCUCAACAAUACCGUAUUUAAUUUAGUGACAAAUUGCGAUAAUUGCAAUGUCGAAAAAUGAAAUUUGAAAAUCAAGUGAUAAAUUGAAAAAGGGGGGAGAAAAUAGGAAAAAAAAAUUUAUGCGAGAUUAUGUGAAAUUGUAGAUCUUGUUUUAAAAUUAGAUUUAAAAAAGUAUGUUAUUCCUAUCAAGAGUGAAAUUGAUUUGAUAUUGAUAUUGACCUUCCAUCGAAGGGCAAACACGAUGAAACUUUUGUUUAAAGAAAACUUGAUUGGUUCCGUGAUAAUCUAUUAUCGAUAAGCGCGUUUCAUCGUGCGUGCAAGUAUUUGAUAAACGUAUCACUCUUUCUAUUAUUUUUAUUUUAUUUUAUUUAAACAAAGUGAGAAGUGAAUAGCAAAAUUAUCUAUUUGCGUUUUGUACACACACGCAGGUAGUAAUGUAGGUUAAUAAAAAAUUGUAAAUUAUAUUUUGUAUUGAGACGCAUUUUCUUCUCGUUGAUGGCGAAAUUGUCAACAACAAAAAAAAAUCGACUGAAAAGAAAAAUAAAAAUUACGCCGAGAAAUUUUGUUUUGAACGUCUGAAAUUUAUACAUUAUUUUUUUUCGAAUUAAGGAGCGCGACGAGGAGAAGAAAGAUGAGAAAAAUAAACGGAAAAUUGCUUUUAAGCAAAAAACAAAUUUAAAAUAUAAAAUGACUUUAAAAAUUAUUUUAAAAAAAUUUUUAUCGAUCAAUUUAAAAUAUUUGCAUCUGUCAAUGAUAAAAUUUACGACAAAGUAAUUUGAAAUUUAAUCAAUUGCUUUAUCAUCUUUCUCUUUAAAUUGUGCAAUGAACCCUUACCAAACAUCAAAUUAGGAUUAACAACUGUUUUUAAUUUUUUUUUUUAUUUUUAUUUUUAUUUUUAUUUUUAUUUUUACCUGGCUAAAAUUUAUUCAUUGAAAAAGUACAAUGAAAAAAAACAAAAUGCCGGGUACAAUUUUGUUGCUUCUUUUUGAAGCCUCAGCUAUAUUAAUUUAAUAUGUUGGUCUCCUUAAAUUAAGACACUUAAUGUUUAUGCCUUAACCAACUCGUAGUAGUGAUAUUGGAAAAAAACAAAUAUUUAAUCUCUCGUUCAAUGAUUAUGAACAAAGGUCGUCAAUGAAGGACAUUACGUUGCAUUUCCAAUGGCACUUGGAGCCGGUGGACACUUAACUCUUUAUUGGACUUGAAAAUAAUGCAUUAAUUCGAAAGACGAAUAGUUAAAUUGUGAAAACAAAGGUGAGGUAAUUCACUCCAGAUUUAUAUAUCACUUGAAACGCAGCUCGCUCAUGAUUUUAUCUAAUUUCUCUCUCUUUUUCUGAAUCCUUGUUCGAUAACUUCCAAACAAAAUUAAACACUUGUUCUUUUUCAGAAAAAAAAAAAAAAAAAAAAAAAAUAGAACAUGUGUUUUGUAAUUUUACUAAAAUUAUCAGCGAGUCUGCGCACCACACUAAACUGUGUUCAAAAAUAGUCAAAUUCACUUCUAAAAAGAAUUUUAAGAAUAUAGACUGUUUCUUUUUUUGUUGACUUGAAACAACCGUUUUAAGCUAAUUUUCCAAAUUGUUUUAAAGUUUCCACUAUCUCAGUUUUUAUUUACUAAAAUAAUUUUUUUCUCUAUUUAACAAAAGCAAUUUUCUAUUUUACAAUAAAUUUCCUUUUAAUUUUAUCUUCAAUUCAUCCUUCAUAAAAUUUCGAAGAGCAAAUAUUUUUUUUUUUUGUAUGUCUUCAAUUAUUAUAUUUAAAAAAAAAACGGUUGUCUGAGUAGAAAAAGAAGAAACAGCAAACUGGAACACAAUCCAAUUUUCUUUUUUUGUAAUAUUAAAAAAGAAAAAAAGCACUGCAAUAUUUUUUACCAGAGGAUGGGACGAGGGUCAUUCAUAAAAUAAAAAAAUCGUGUCGAUUCCUAAAUCCAAUAUUGAUAAUAUAUAUAUAUAUAUAUAAUUCUUCGACUUACCUUAGUUCAAAUAAUAUGUUCGUAAAGAAUUACUUAAUUAAAACAUAUAUGAUGUAUUUUGUAACUAUUCCUUUCGCAUUCAAGUAAAUUGAAAAUUAGAUGACUUCGAUAAAUCAGAGCAAAAUUAUAUUUUCAACCAAGUUUGCGAUUAUUUGACAAAAUUAUAUAUUAUAUAUUAAUUAAUAUACUAUGUAAUGAUAAACUUACAAUAAUUAUAUUAAUAAAUUAUAUAAUAUAUAAUGUCAAAAACGUUUUAACAAUGUUUAGUAUUUUAUAUAAAGUUUAGAUAUUUUUCAACAAUUUGAGUAUAAUAAAAUAUUUGUUUUAUUUUUUUAUACGUAUAUAAAUAUAUAUAUACGAAGAAUUCAAAUGUAAAGUUAUUUAAAAGAAAAAAAUCGAGACAUGUGUCGCAUUAGGGAAAAUGGAAUCGAAAUGCUACUUAUAGUUUUUAUCUAUAUAUUUCAGUGCAAAUGAUAUUUUCUAGUAAGCAUAUAUUAUCAGAAACUCGGAAAAUUUUCAUAUUUAAAAGAAAAAUUAAAUAUCGAGUCAGAAGAUUUUUUAGUAGACUACAAAAACUUGUGUAAUCUUACUAGACAAUCUUCGAAAAUUUAAAAAAAAAAAUCUAUUUUUUAAUCUUGAAUUCUCUUUAAAUAAAAAACACACAAAGCUCUCAUUCUUUUUUCUAUUUAAAAACAAAAAAGUAUUAAAAUUUUUUUUAUAGCGUUCUCAAAUAAAAUGUUGAGUUUUUUUUCUGCAAUUCCACACAAAAUUAUUCAAUUUUUCCGUAAUUUAAAUUAAUGACAUUUUCGUGUAAUUUAAAAAUAUAUAAAAAAAAUUGUUUAAUUGUAUAUAAUACAACAAAAGAUAAUACUGUAUCUUGAAUUCAAUUUUGUUUUUAAACAAAAAGAAAUUUUUUGACGUCUGUGUAUGAUGAACUAUAAAAAAAAGAAGAACCGUUUUUGUUAAUAUUGUAAACAAUAACGAAAUAAAGCUGUGUGGAAGUCAUUUUGUGAGAAAAGAAAAGUGUUGACUUUCAAUCUAAUUUAAUGUUCGAUAAUUUCUUUGAAAUUAAAUUAUCAUUUUAAUAA